UGGGGGAUCCGAACUCAAAAGUUCCUCGAGGAGCACUACACCAGGUCGCUGCCCGGUGAAGCGCUGGAGGAAGACUGGAUUGGGGACGAGUAGGUCACGUGCGGCCGGGAGAGUCGCUGGAGGCCGGGAGUCUAGAGGAAUGUAGUAACUUGCAGAGAAAGUUUUCCUCCGCAGCCGGCAGCAGAUUCGGCGCGGGCGGGCGCGCAGAGGAAGGAAGAGCCGGGAGGAGGCGGAGCCCGCAAGCGGCCCGGCGGGCGGUUCUCUCAACUUUAGUUUUGGCGUCUGAGGCGAGUUUCUGUCUCAGUCGGGCGCAGCCGCCGCCGGGAAAAAGAAAGGGAGGAAGGAAGGAACAAGAAAAGGAAAUAAAAGAGAAAGGGGGAGGGGAAAGGCAACUAGCUGUUCGGCCUCAGUCAAGGGAGUUUAAGGGAAAAAGUUCUCAGGGGCUGCAGGUCCGAGUUUGUCGCAGCCCCUCCCGAGGAGCAGCCGCCAGACCAGUGGAGCCGGGGCGCAGGGCGGGGGCGGAGGCGCCGGGGCGGGGGAUGCGGGGCCGCGGCGCAGCCCCCCGGCCCUGAGAGCGAGGUUAGCGCCGCUCCCGCCGCCCAGCGCCGCCCUCGCCGAUUCUCGCGUCUCGGCCCGUCGAGCCGGGGCGUCCGGGCGGAGCCCUCGCCGCCUGGCCAGGGGGUGCGCGUCGCGGGAGGCAGAAGCCAUGGAUCCCGGGCAGCAGCCGCAGCCCCAGCCGGCCCCCCAGGGCCAAGGGCAGCCGCCCGCACAGCCCCCCCAGGGGCAGGGCCCGCCGUCCGGGCCUGGGCAGCCCGCACCCCCGGCGUCCCAGGCGGCGCCGCAGGCCCCCCCCGCCGGGCACCAGAUCGUGCACGUCCGGGGGGACUCGGAGACCGACCUGGAGGCCCUUUUCAACGCCGUCAUGAACCCCAAGACGGCCAACGUGCCCCAGACCGUGCCCAUGAGGCUCCGGAAACUGCCUGACUCCUUCUUCAAGCCGCCGGAGCCCAAAUCUCACUCCCGACAGGCCAGUACUGAUGCAGGCACUGCGGGAGCCCUGACUCCACAGCACGUUCGAGCUCAUUCCUCUCCAGCUUCCCUGCAGCUAGGAGCAGUUUCUCCUGGGACACUGACACCCACUGGAGUAGUCUCUGGCCCAGCAGCUACACCUACAGCUCAACAUCUUCGGCAGUCUUCUUUUGAGAUACCUGAUGAUGUACCUCUGCCAGCAGGCUGGGAGAUGGCCAAGACAUCUUCUGGUCAGAGAUACUUCUUAAAUCACAUUGAUCAGACUACAACAUGGCAAGACCCCAGGAAGGCCAUGCUGUCUCAGAUGAAUGUUUCAGCCCCCACCAGUCCACCAGUGCAGCAGAAUUUGAUGAACACACCCUCAGGUCCUCUUCCUGAUGGAUGGGAACAAGCCAUGACUCAGGAUGGAGAAAUUUACUAUAUAAACCAUAAGAACAAGACCACCUCUUGGCUAGACCCAAGGCUUGACCCUCGUUUUGGUAAAGCCAUGAACCAGAGAAUCAGUCAAAGUGCUCCAGUGAAACAGCCACCACCUUUGGCUCCCCAGAGCCCACAGGGAAGUGUUAUGGGUAGUGGCAACUCCAACCAGCAGCAACAGAUGAGGCUGCAACAAUUGCAGAUGGAGAAAGAGAGACUGCGAUUGAAACAGCAAGAACUGCUUCGGCAGGUGAGGCCACAGGCAAUGCGGAAUAUCAAUCCCAGCACAGCAAAUUCUCCAAAAUGUCAGGAAUUAGCUCUUCGUAGCCAAUUACCAACACUGGAGCAGGAUGGUGGGACUCAAAAUCCAGUAUCUUCUCCUGGGAUGUCUCAGGAAUUGAGAACAAUGACGACCAGUAGCUCAGAUCCCUUUCUUAACAGUGGCACCUAUCACUCUCGAGAUGAGAGUACAGACAGUGGACUAAGCAUGAGCAGCUACAGUGUCCCUCGGACCCCAGAUGACUUCCUGAACAGUGUUGAUGAAAUGGAUACAGGUGAUACUAUCAACCAAAGCACCCUGCCCUCACAGCAGAACCGUUUUCCAGACUACCUUGAAGCCAUUCCUGGGACAAAUGUGGACCUUGGAACACUGGAAGGAGAUGGAAUGAACAUAGAAGGAGAGGAAUUGAUGCCCAGUCUGCAGGAAGCCCUGAGUUCUGACAUCCUCAAUGACAUGGAGUCUGUUUUGGCUGCCACCAAGCUAGAUAAAGAAAGCUUUCUUACAUGGUUAUAAAGCCCUCAGGUAGACUGAAUUCUAAAUCUGUGAAGGAUCUAAGGAGAUAAGACAUGUGCCUGAAAUUUCCAAAUAAGCCAGCUGCAAUUUUAUGGCUAACACAGAAAAACAUGAACAAUCAAACGUCCAGCGAGAUUCUUUCAUCCACUAUUUUGCUCUUCCUUGUCCAUUGCUGCUGUUAAUAUAUUGCUGACCUCUUUCACAGUUGGCCCUAAAGAAUUCCCACCAAAAAAAAAAAAAAAAAAAAAGCAAAAAAAAAAUUUUCUUUUGCUAUUAUAACUACUGUUUAUUUGUGGGGCUGGGGGAAGUGAGCCUGUUUGGAUGAUGGAUGUCAUUCCAAAGCCCAGUUAGAUAUUCACCAAUCAUUUGACUCAGACUUGGAAAUCAGAUGCUUUAUGUCACAGCAUUUAGUUUGUUCACACAUUUGUUUCUUCAGCUGCAUUUUGGCCAAUGGAAAAACAUGUCUUACUGGUCUGACAAGCCAAAAAUUAAGUACUUAAUGCUGAUUUGAACAGAUAGCUGAAACCAAGGCUGAAGACUAUUUUAUUUUCAGUGUUGUUUUUUCUUCCUAGUGCUAUCAUUAGUCACAUAGUGACCUUGAUUUUAUUUUAGGAGCUUAAGACAUGAGACAAUUUCCAUAGAAAUAUAUUAAUUAUUGCCACAUACUCUAGUAUAGGUUUGGGUGGAUACUUUUUGUGGAUGUUUGGGGUUUUCUGUUUUUUUUUUUUUGUUUUUUUUUUUUUUUUUUUUGCUUGUUUGGUUUUUUUUGUUUGUUUUGGUUGGUUGGUUUGUUGGAAUUUAGGCAAAUUACUAGUGAAUCUGUUUAAUCUGUUUAUAGUUUUAGCUUGGGACAUUUAUUGUAGUUUUUUGAUAAAAUUUACAUUUCCUGAUUUUUUUUUUUUUUUUUUUUGCCAUUUUAUUUAAACCUUAACUAUCCGCUCUCUAAACACACAAACACACAUACACAGUGUUUAUAAUAGGGUGAUAGCAGAAUGUAUCUUUUCUUAAGUUUCCCUACUUUCCAAUUUAUUCUUAAAAUGGUAGCUUUGAAUGUAAACAUUUAGAAUACAUGACUAAUAGUGCAUAUCUCACAAGUAGUUUUAAUCUGGUUGGGGCAAUCUGCAGAUGUUUGAGAUAGUUAGUCUUCUGAAAGGACUAUUACUAUGGAUAGUGCCUAAAGGAGUACUCUUUGCUCUCUGGCACAUGAUAAAUAUCUGAUGAAUUGGAAAGGAGCAGGCAAGAAAUGGUUUUAUUUUCCCCCUUGUACAAGUUUGAGUCUUAGAAAUCACUGAAUAGAUGUUAUGAUGCAUGUGACAGAAGUGAACUUUACAGCAACUCACCUUCCUUCAGCUUUGGAAAUUUACACUUGCCUUAGUUUUGAAACUAAAUUCUGGUACUUUAGUUCUCAUUUGUAAUGAAAAAGUUGAAGACUAGAUUGAAAUAUUUCCUAUAAAAUUGUUCUUGUAAACAGAGCAAACUCUCCACCCCUACUCCAGUGCUAGGGCUCAAAUCUGGGCUCUUGCUUGUGCUAGGCAAGUGCUCUACCGCUGAGCUACAUCCUCAGCCCCUACAGGAUUGUUCUUAACAAGACUUGCUUCUACUUCCAUAUGCCGAAAAUUGAACCUCCUGGGUACUCUGUAGAAUACUAUAAGGCCAUGAGUUAGCUGGUAAAGUGAUCAGAUUAAUAAAUGUAUAUUGGUAGUUGAAUUUAGCAAAGUAGUAGAGAUAAUCAUGAUUAUACCUUUAUUUUUACAGGAAGAAAUAUAACUAGAGUAUGUGUCUACAGGAGUAAUAAUGGUUUCCAAAGAGUAUUUUUUAACGAACAAAGUGAGCGUGAAUUAACUCUUCAAUAUAAGCUAUGAAGUAAUGGUUAUGAAUUAGAGUGGCACCAGCUAGCAUCUCUAUGAUUUAAGGGUCUUUCAGUGCGUCUAGAAUAAGCCCUUAUUUUCAAGGGUUUAUAACAGACAAAAUCUGUUUUCCUGGCUACAGCUACUAUGAAAAGCUUCAGCUCGGGAAGGUAGAUUUUUUUUUUUUUUUUUUUCCAAUUACAAAAUCUGAGUAUUUUGGCCCUUCAGUUUGGAGGAGUGCAAAAGUGGAAGUAAGAAGGUUUUAAGUAUUUUUCAGUGCUCAAAAACAUGCAGUCACUAUAUUGUAUAUAAUGAUUCAUGGGUUGUCAUUCAUAUUAAUUGACUCAAAGCUUUUAUUUUAAAAACACAAAGAUUCAGUAUUGAAUUAAGUUGGGGGAGGGGGGAAUGACCACUGUGCAGAUGCAUUGAGUUUUAGAACAAUAAUGAAAUUCUACCUAGAAUGCAUAAUUGAGCAUAUGGAUGAGACAGUAUGUUGUUUUUAAUGUGCAGAUCGGAGCUACUUAGUGCCUAUAAUUUGCCAGGAAGUCACAAAUUAAGAUCAUAUCUUAUAUAUCAGCAGAGUAGCUUUAGCUUAGGGGGAGGGUGGGAAGGUGGGAGUGGGUUGUGAAGUGUUAGUGGGACCUUGAUAGAAAACUUUAUAAACUUUCUCUUCAAUAAAGACUUGUCUUGCAUCUUGCUGUCAUUAAAGGCAGUUGUUCCUAAAAAUUUCAAUCACUUAAGAACACCCACAAAGCAUAAAUACAGUCUGUUUCCCCUCGAAUUUAAUUAGCCCAGUUACCUCAGUGUUGUAGCAGUGCUAUGUACCUGACAUAGUGCUUUGAUCUUAUCACACCCUUGUAGUGACCUGAAAGAGAUGUAAGAGUCCUUUCUCUUUUCGAGUUUGAAUCAUAGCUUUGAUGUGGUCUUUCUUGUUUUAUGUUCUUGUUCCUAAUGUAAAAGUGUUUAACGCUUCUUGGUUGUAUUGGAUAGAAUGGGGAUAAGGUUUUAACUGGUUAUUCUUGAAUUGCUUUUACAAUAAACCAAUUUUAUAAUCUUUAAAUCCAUCAACUUUUUACCUUUUUUUUUUAAGCUAGGGCUUCUUAGAUUUACUUAACGAUUGAUGGAGCACAUUGAUUUGGAAUUUCAGAUCUUCCAAAGCACUAUUCGUUGUAAUGAUUAUUUUUUAAAUAUAGUGCCUUUUAAAAAAAACAUCAGGAAGUGACUGUGAUACAAAUAAUGUCGCUGUUUUCAGUACUACUCAUAUUAGAUAGAUGCAUUCUAUAUAGAACAUGGCAGAAAGAUGAAAAAUAACAAUAAUUAAUUGCGUAUUCAGAAUUCAUACCAAUCAGUGUUGAAACUUAGUGCAAAAGCAGGAAGCAAUAUCCAGUGAUUAACAAUUUCAUAGCUUUUGUAUAUCUGAGAAGUGAGUGCUCAGAUGAAUUUUAUCUUUGCAAGCAUGUUUUUGUAAGAAUUGUGGGUGUGCCUAUCUUAACAUUUGUUUUCUGUUUUGAAAUCAAGUAUGCUCCACAUUUUAUAUGUUUUAUAUUAGAGAUUUCUUUAAUGCACACUUGUCAGAUAUAUAUAUAUAGUACCAGUGUACCAAUGUUACCUUUGUUUUGUUUUAGAUGUUAAGCGCAUGCUCAUGUUAGGUACUUACAAAAAUUGUUACAUUUUUUCUUAUGUAAUUCCUUUUUUGUUUGUUUAUGUUGUUCAAAUAUAUUCUUUCCUUAAACCUUC